AUGGAGCAUACAACCGAUGAAGAGACGGGUUCAAGCGGGCCCUCAGCAGCAGCGCAACCCGCUGUCGACACCAGCAAUGGUGGUCAUAACGAUAACGACGCUCUCAAGCGCCAUGUGAGCGAACUCAAUAGUGACGACACUACUACACCGUCAGUAUCAGAAACCCACGAUACGAACGGCGAUAUUUUUCCUCCAUUACAUCCCAAUUUAGACAACAACGCAAACACGAAAAGGAAAGACAGACCUAUAUCAGGCGUCGUACCGCCAUACUGGCGCCACCAAAGAGCUCUUUCGCGAGCAUCGCUGGCUUCUUCGGUAGACACGCACCGCAGCUCAAAGCCAGCUAUCACGCUCGAAGACCACACGGCAGACCCCAACGCCACCACUACAAGAGGACUAUGGGCGCGAAGUGUAACGAUAGAUGACCACGUCGUUGUAUCAGGCAAGACGGGAAUAGGCGCGUACGUCGUUUGGAUGUGCAAUGUACAAACCCUCGAUGGCGGCCCCAUGAUGAUCCCCAUGCGAUACUCCGAAUUCGACGAACUCCGCUCCUUACUUGCAACCGCUUUCCCUCACGCCCGUAACGCAUUACCACCAUUACCUCCCAAAAGUCUACUCUUCAAAUUCCGGGCCAAGUUUUUAGAGUCCAGACGAGUAGGAUUACAGUACUUCUUGAAUUGCGUGUUGCUGAAUCCCGAGUUUUCGGGGUCGCCGGUGUUGAAGGAUUUUCUGUUCUCGAGGGUUGAUUGA